CAGUUUACGUAGUACAAGCAAAAACAAACUCGGUUGUAUUCGCUACGAUUUUUAUCAGAAGAAUGAAUUUCAGUACCCCGCGGAAGGAUCGCAGUUGUACAGGACAAACAUGGCUAUAGGUCACCAUGGCAGCCCUCCGACCUCUUACUAAGCCGAAGAUCGUCAAGAAGAGGGUUAAGAAGUUUAUUCGCCAUCAGUCUGACAGAUAUGUCAAGGUCACGAAAAGCUGGCGUAAGCCCAGGGGUAUUGACAACAGAGUCCGCAGGCGGUUUAAGGGCCAGAUGCUGAUGCCCAACAUCGGUUAUGGUAGCAACAAGAAGACUAAGCACAUGCUGCCCUCUGGCUUCAGGAAGUUCCUGGUGCACAACAUCAAGGAGCUGGAGGUCCUCAUGAUGAGCAACAAGACCCAUGCUGCUGAGAUUGCCCACAACGUGUCUUCCAAGAACAGGAAGCUGAUUGUGGAGAGAGCAGCCCAGCUGGCCAUCAAGAUCACCAACCCCAAUGCCAGACUCCGCAGCGAGGAGAACGAGUGAUCCAGCCAUUAUUUCCCAAUAAAACACAUGUUUAAAUGUG